UGACGCGACACUUCACUGUUCCACCACCUGUCGUCGUGGCAACCUCUUCAUAUACCAUUGUCCACCAGUAUCGGCAAGAAUACUCGUAUCGAGCUUGUUUUACUCAGCAAUUUUAAAAUCGAUUGACUGCUGAAUUUUUCUACUGACAAAAUAUUAGGUGGCGCACUUCGACGCGAGAAUUAGUCCCGAAAUGUCUCUUCCCAUGACAAACAUGAGUAACGGAGGCACAACGACGGUACAAAUCAACACACGACCCGACGAUAUUCGAAAGAGAAUCAUCGGAGCGGAGGAUUCGACGCCAGCUGAUGAAUCAGGAUGUGGAAAUGUUCUAGUGGUACUGUCUUGGGUACUCGUGGUGAUGACAAUGCCGUUUUCAUUAUUCGUCUGCUUCAAGGUCGUUCAGGAAUACGAGAGAGCAGUCAUUUUUCGACUGGGGAGAUUACUGUCAGGCGGCGCGAAGGGUCCGGGCAUUUUCUUCAUCCUGCCCUGCAUUGAUUGCUAUGCACGGGUAGAUUUACGUACACGUACUUACGACGUGCCACCGCAAGAGGUUUUAACCAAAGACAGUGUCACCGUAUCAGUCGAUGCAGUGGUGUAUUACCGAGUUAAUAAUGCAACAAUAUCGAUUGCAAACGUGGAAAAUGCUCAUCAUAGUACUCGAUUGCUUGCCCAGACAACUUUACGAAAUACAAUGGGUACAAGGCCACUCCACGAAAUAUUGAGCGAGCGUGAAACAAUAUCUGGAAAUAUGCAGGCUGCGUUGGACGAGGCUACCGACACAUGGGGGAUAAAAGUGGAGCGAGUGGAAAUAAAGGAUGUACGUUUGCCGGUACAGUUGCAACGAGCUAUGGCAGCUGAGGCUGAGGCAGCUCGCGAAGCUCGAGCUAAGGUAAUUGCGGCUGAGGGCGAGCAAAAAGCAAGUCGAGCCCUUCGAGAAGCUUCUGAAGUUAUUGGGGACUCACCGGCUGCUCUCCAGCUCCGCUACCUCCAGACACUCAACACGAUUUCAGCAGAGAAGAAUUCCACAAUCGUCUUUCCAUUACCAAUCGACAUGCUCACAUACUUCAUGUCAGCAAAUAAAGAUAAAUAGAUACAACUCACCUGUGAUUUUGUACGUCGCCUAUUCACCGAUCGGCAAUAGUUUUUAUAAACAAAACAAAACCCACACGGAAUUAUCAUGUUUUUGAGGGUCUUUAUGUGUUGUUUUUCACUUUUUCAUACGAUGAGGAAUGAAUCAAACGAGAAUUUAUCACUCACGUUGGCAUUAGCACUAUUCCAGGACGAUUUUUCAGUAAUUGCCGGUCAUAAAUAAAUCACGACGCACGAUAUUUUGUAAAUGUAUCAUGUAUUAUAUGUAAUAUUGUCCAAUUAUAAAUACCUAAGGAAUUUUCAGUAGCACCAUUUUAAUUUAUCAAUAAAAAAUACCGUAAAAUAAUUA